CGUUGGUAAUGUGACUUACAUCCCACAGAUGGAAUAUUUCUUGCCUCACUCGUACCAGCAUAUUUGGCUUAAGUUGUGCAACCGUAGCGAUCCGAUUUCGGAGGUCAUUAAGAUUGUCUGGUAGAGGCGGAACAUAAACCUUAUCCUUAAUGAAAUCCCACAGGAAGAAAUCCAUUGGUGUUAAAUCCAUCGCUCCAGUGAGCAUGGUAGCCAUGCAAUUGGCCCUGCAUGGUAAAUCCAGCGAAGUUGAAAGCAGAAUUCCAAAACUAAAACUUCUCCGUGGAAAUGAGCUGGUGCACCGUCAUGCUGAACAAGAUGAACAAGUGUCCUUUUACUUUCAGCAUGACGGUGCACCAGCUCAUUUCCACGGAGAAGUUUUGGAUUUUCUAGACAUUCGCUUUCAACUCCGCUGGAUUGGCCGUGCAGGGCCAAUUGCAUGGCCACCUCGCUCACUGGAUUUAACACUGAUGGAUUUCUUCCUGUGGGGUUUAUUAAGGAUAAGGUUUAUGUUCCACCUCUACCAGACAAUCUUAAUGACCUCCAAAAUCGGAUCGCUGCGGUUGCACAAGUUACUGCUGGUAUACUGGUACGAGUGUGUCAAGAAAUCGACUAUCGGUGGGAUGUAUGUCGCAUUACCAACGGCUGUCACAUCGAACCAAAAUAACACCCACACCUUAAACUUGAAGUGUUUGGUAACAAAAUGACACCUUUCUCAAUUCUGUAAGUAAUUUCAAUGAAUAUUUAUGUGCUUUCAAAGUUGUAAAGUUCUUUUAUAAUCACCCUGUACUUUGAAUCGAUAGCUUUAAUUUGAACAUUAAAUAUAUUCUAUUAUUUGUCCAUUUAUUCUAUUAUUUUCACAGUAUUAUUUUUUUUACGUUACAGACAUUGCGAUAAGAUGGCUGCACAAUCUGAUGUUGGGAGAGUUGAGCCACAACUUCAUAAGGAGCCCAUCCAAAGUGUGAGCGGAUGCUGUGAUUUGGACCAAUCAGGUGAAAGCAGUGGAGACCAUGGAACCCCCAUUGGGGAAUACAGGAUCACCAGAACCGAUUACUUUGGAGUCAAUGGACUUUGUUGGUUCCUUUCCUGAAGAAGUGACAUAUAUGAUUUUAUCACUUCUAUCGGCAAAUGAUCUGGAAAAUUGUAGCAGUGUGAGCCAGCUUUGGAGCAGCACAAUCAAAUGUUUUCAGCAACGACAAAUAUCGCGUUUGAAAUACAAUUGGGAAAACGGAAAAUACUCUGUUCAUUGUUUUCCCAUAAGUAACGAGUUUUCAUAUUUUAAUGUUUUUGGCGUCGAUGAACUUGCUUCCAAUUACCAUUAUGACCAAUGUCCCUACUUCUUCGCAUAUGCGACCGAAAACGGAGUUAGACAACCAAUUUAUUUUUCUGUAGUUCAUAUUAAUGCAGAGUUGAGAAAGACAAACAAUCAUUUUCAAUACUCUGGUUUCGGUCGCGUAAAGGAAGUAUGUAUCAUGGGAGGAUCUAUAAUUUGGAUUAGUUUUCAUGAAUCUUCAGCAGCAUUGCAUUACUACAAUGCCUUACUAGCGCCUAACACUGAAAUGAAAACUAUUGAUAGAUGGAAUACGAAUCACAUUUGUGAUAUUUCCCCGAAAAUGGAUAGAAACUACAUAGCUGUUUCAGACAAUAAGCGAUUUGUGAAAGCUUGGUGUAAACAUACUCUUGAACUAAAAUUCGAGCAGAAGUACCAUGCCUUUUAUUCACAGCAUAUUAGUUUAUUUGAUGGUUGUCUGGUCAUCUCGAACACAUUCGAUGCUGAGGACACUUCUGUAAUUGAAAUUCACAACUUGAAAAG